UCUCCCGUCGCAGGUCCUCCUCCCGAGUUUGAAAAGUCGCCCAAGUCAGUCGUCCAGCGGUGGUCGUGGCGGUGCGUUCCCUCACGCGGCGCAAUCCUCACUCCGUAGAACUAGUUGUUGCGUUUGGCUCAUAUAACAGGCUGUCGACCCUUUCUGUGAUGAACCUGGCAACAACCCUCAAGUGACAGAAGAACACAAAAGCUCCAGCGAUGUCGACCAUGGAAGCACAAAACAACAGCGAGAGGGAACACGAAAGAACUAUAACCAUACUGCCAAACGAAGCUCAGAACGACGCCAAUCGCAAAAGGGUCUCGGCUGCCGCUCGCUUCGUCCUAAUAGGAGUCGUCUGCAUUGCCGCCACCCUGUCACUUUUGCUUCUGACGUUACGUGAUUCUCCAACGAACCACAGCCGUGAGAAGAGACAGGGAUCGUGCCAGGUCGACAUGUGUCUGACAGAGGAGUGUAUCCACGCGGCGUCGAGCAUUCUGAAGGCGAUGGAUCCCACAGUCGACCCCUGUGAUGACUUCUACACGUACGCGUGUGGAGGCUGGAUCGAAGAGAACGCCUAUAGAACUGGCCUCGAGGAGUUGUUCUAUGGAGUCAACCACAACGGUCUCCCUGAGAAAAUUGACCUCACUAUCAGUGAGCUCAUCAAGAGACGCGUCCCGAUGAACAGUUCACUCCUGGACAGCAAGCCAUAUCGGGACCUCUUCGCUUUCUAUGACACGUGCACAGAAGUGGAUACUGAGGAAGGCGACAUGCAGCCACGUAAGCUGGGGGUCAUUGUGUAUGUUGUCCAUGAGGAUGAGUGGGAAAGGUGUUCAUGUAUAUGUCCUUCCCUCGAAGCGGAGCCGCCUACUCCGCGUCUCCUUCCCAGUUCUUCGAGUUCUGAUGAAGCCAAGCACUCAGUCAUCCGUUCGAGAGGAGCCGUGAAACCUCCAACGCAUCGAGCUGACGUCUCAACGCGUCCGCUCUUUGACAUCCCAUCGACGCCGACAUCAGAACGGCAAGUCGCAUAG